UAAUUUUUCAAUAAGGUUGCAUGCGCGAAUAAUUACAACCAGUGCAUUCUUGGUAUUCGCUCAAGACGGACGUGCGUGAGCUCUUGUUUAGUCUGGACUUGUAGAUUGUAUUAUGUAAGGUUGUUGUUGGAUAUGUUGGAUAAAUGAUGACGCUUCAACAUCUAGUUCCGGUUGUAUUUGUCGCCGGCUUAUUCCUGAGUUUGGAAACCAUCCAUUGUUUGGAUCCUAAUGGGGAUAAUGUAUGCUCAACUCAAAUAAUUACAACUGAAAGGUACACUACUCAAGUGUCCUACCAGUCACCAACUUAUACUUCUUGUUGGUUGUUUAGGUGCCUCCGAUACAGAACACGGUAUCGAUAUUCUAUUUCAUAUCGAAAUGUUUACAGUACAAGAUACGAAUGUUGUCAAGGUUAUGCCGCGCCUCCUGGCAGUGAUGAAUGUACCGAAACUAUAUGUUUACCCGAAUGUUUCCAAGGAAACUGCGAAGGCCCUAACGUGUGUACAUGUAACGAAGGGUACCAUGGACCAAGAUGCGAAUACACUUGCGAUUCAGAAAUUUAUAACUGCGAAAUCAUAAAUUGUACCUCGUCUAUUGAGUGCAAAGAAUGUCUUUACCACAUCAAUGACGAAAUAAAAGCGUACGACUUAGUUAAUGGUCGGUGCAACCCAAUUUGUUCUUGGCGUAAUGAUAGUAGGUCUUGCUAUCCUGGUAGAUGUGCCUCUUCGAGCAACGUUUGUAUUUGUGAUGCAGACUUUGAUUCGGAUGACAAUUGCAUGAAAAUAAGUGUGCCGCCAACAGUAAAAAGCUGCUCAAUAUUGUUACAACAUGACAAUGGAUUCAAUGGAAUCUCUACAAGCAAUAUUUCAUGCCAACAAUCAUAUAUGUCACCAAUCUAUUCAUCCAUAAAAGGAAACAGCUUUCUUGUGAAUUGGCAAACACAGUUCUCGGCGACUGAGUAUCCAUUUCCUUAUUACGUCAACGAUUCCAAUGUGGGCGUGAUUUCAGCAGUUGUCAAUUGGUAUAUUGACAGAGGUGGCAAUAUAAUAGAUUCUGGAGAAAUUGAUUGUAGUUUGAACCACAAUGAAGACGACCCGAAUAAGGGCAUACAUGUUUGUACACGAUAUGAAAAAUUAAAGGACAAUCUUCAAAACAACGACAAUUUGACAAUUACAUCUUCAUCAACGAACGGAGGAUUUCUCAAACUAAACAACUAUGAUUAUUCAGUGGUCGGGAGAGUCGACAAUCCCGUGUACUAUGAGGGCAAAACUGUAACGAGGAGUUUGACCAUAACUGUCGACAUCGAUGCACCAACACAUUGCUCUCUUUUUGUCCCACGUGAUACGACUUGCAUUGGAUUUGCACUUGACAUCGGUGAUCCAUACACUACAUCAAGUCAUCUGAAGGUUAAGUGGUCAACAUGGGUGGACCAUAUUUCAGGAUUGACAGCAACGUCUUAUGACUGCAGAAUUUGCAAAAUGGUAGCAAAUAAUGGCGUCCUUACGUUUGAUAACACUUGUGUCGUCCUUACUUAUUCGAAAAGGGGAAAUUAUUAUGAGGCAGAAUUUGAGCUAAACUCUCCAGGUGUAUAUUGUGCCGUGUUGUCGGUUAGUGACGUCGCCGGCAGCAUUCGUCUUGCUAGACGCUGCCUUAUUUUUGAUAGCCAAAGUGAAAUAUCGAUUGCUGAUGACAAACCUAUAGCAUGGACAUCUGUUGAUAAGACUUUUAAAGUGUCAUGGCAGGGUCAUUUUGUUAACCAACUACACAUAGACCAAAGUAUGUUGAACGCUAUUGAAACUGACAAUGACGUUAUUAAUGAAGCCUACGAUUCGGACGCUUUACCAGCAGGGCGUGCUCUAUCGUCCAUUGGUAAUCGACAUGGAAUUGUAAAGUUUGAAGUUGGAAUCGCUAAAGAUGGACUUCAGCCAAAUUGGAUGGAUUCACCGAAUGAUUUGGAGGAAAUGUUUGUUUACCAAAAUAAUAAUGGGGAAGAAACGGUUGAAUUUUGGAUUCGAGCGACGGAUGUUGUUAAUAACACAAAAACAGAUUUUGUAUCAAUUCACAUUGAUUCGACGUCACUGAGUAUUGGACACAUAGGUGGCAUUGCUGGAGGUGGUGUUGUGUUUGUGAUCCUGACUUUGAUUCUUGUUGUAUAUUUGUUCAAAUCAACAACUAAACGACAGAACCCUCAAGUGUUUGGAGAUAACAAUGGACAUGAAAACCCAGUCUACACCAUUGAGGUGGAACCUAAUCAAUAUGCCACUCCAAAUUACCCUCCACCUGAAUAUACACCCUAUCUGCCAAUGUCAGCAGCUGUCGUAAACUCAAAGAAGGGGCUAGUGGAAGGCGAGUAUGAGGUACCAUUUUCACAAAAUGUAUUCACGCAAGAAAAUAUUACUGCAAAUGAGAUUCAUCCGUACGAAUUACGUAAAGAUGGCGUAAUAUUUGAAGGAAACCUAUCCCAGGUGUGUAGAGGAAGAGUUCCUAGUCUUGGUCUAACAAAUGUUGCAAUCAAGACUGUAAAAGAGGAUCAUAAUGUCAAGGAAAAGGAAAACAUGUUGCACGAAAUAAAGAUGAUCAGAUUGUUGCCAAGGCAUGAAAACAUUAUCCGAUUACUUGGUUUCACAAGCAUCAGAGAUCCGGUCGCCUUAGUAUUGGAGUUUGCUCCGUAUGCAAACCUCUCAAAAUAUCUACAAUCUCUCGCCGAAGAAUCGCCGUACGAUAACCAAAUUGAGGAAAUGUCAUCUUCUCGACUGUGUACGUUCGCGUGGCAAGUGUGUUCUGGAAUGCAAAGAAGUGGAAAAUAA